GGCACCUCCCUCCAAGUGAGGAGACUUAAAGCCCCCGACACGGCAGAUGAGGAGGUUUAUGCCAGGAACGCCAUCGUGAGUUAAAGGGCCUCGACAAACCUCAGAUUAUUCCCAGGCGCAUUAAAACAAGGAAGGUCAUUUCACUUCGUAUUUGCAGAUAUACUUUCAUGAUGUGACUGUCAUUCAUAUUAAUCCACCCAAAAUGAGCUACACUAACUACUGGGUGGUGGACUACGACCUGUCGUCUCCGGCUCCGCCCAGCUUUCCCAGGGGCCCCGCCGUGCUGCAGCCAGUGGCAGGAAACCCCGAGCAGACCACGGCCUUGUGCUUUGUGGGCCUGCUGCUUCUCCUGCUGCUUUUCCUGCUGGUCCGCUGUGUGCGGAUUCUACUGGACCCUUACAAAAGCAUGCCGGCAUCUUCAUGGACCGACCGCAAGGAGGGUCUGGACAGAGGACAAUUCGAUUACGCGCUGGUUUGAAGGAUGGCACAAAUCCUAGCUUUGUUUAAUAUUAUUUUGUUUCAUAUUGUUAAAAAUAAAUAACUUCAGUAUCAAGCUUUUGCACGCUAAAUAUAACAUUUUCACAUGGUAAUUUAGUGUAAAAUGUGAUAAUUGUCAUGCAAAAACAUGAUAGCAUAAUCACAUAAAAACUUAAAAGUAAGAAUGUUGAACUCAACUCCUGAGUCAGUUCAAUACUUUCAAUGGUUUUAAGUAAUCAAUAAUCACAUUUUUACAUGCUAAUUAUCAUGUUUGACAUGAUAGUACCAUGUAAAAACGUGAUAUUUGACUUUUUUUGUAGCAAUUCACUGGUGGUAUGCGAAAGAAUCACUGCCUACAGUUCAGUUGUAUGUUCAGAUUUGAUAUUUGGGAACUGUUUGCUGUAUUUAAGUACAAUUAAGUUGUAUGUACAAUAUAUUUUAAUUGAACCAUUUAUUAUGGAAGUCAAGUUUUUUUUUUUUUUU